AUGCACUUUUUUGGGACUAUAGAAAGAAUAUUUACUAUAUUUUCAGCAUCGACUGCUCGAUGGGGUAUUUUUCAAAAACAUUGCCAUCAAUGGACUGUUAAAAAGUGUUCAGAAACCAGGUGGGAAAGUCACCACUCAAGUGUUAAAGCGAUUAGGUUUCAGGUUAAGGAAAUCAUAGAUGCUUUAGAUGAAAUUAAUAAAACAACUAAUGAUUCCAUGAUAUUGAGUGAAACGAAUUCAUUAACUGCAGAAAUGUGUACUUACAAUUUUUUAAUUAGUUUGUGUAUUUGGUACAGCGUUUUGAAUGAAGUAAAUAUUGUUAGCAAAUCACUUCAAAAUCCACAAACUAAUUUAAAUACAUCUACAAAGUUACUUAAAGCUCUCAAAAUAUUCUUAACCGAGUACAGAAAUAAUGGUUUUAAUGCGGCCAAAAGAGAAGCAUUUAAAGUGGAUGGUGCAAUAAGUGCAAUAACAAAGCGAUUCGAUCAAAUAAAUACAUUUAAUGACGUUUUUGGAUUUUUGUACGAUGUUGAAAAACUUUGUUAUGUCCCUGAUUUAGAAAUUUUAAAUUGCUGCAAAGAUUUGGAAAUACGUUUGUCAGAUAAUGACAAAAAAGAUUUAAAUGCUGGAGCAGAGAGAACAUUCUCAAAAUUAAAACUUAUAAAAACUUAUUUACGAAGUACCAUGUCACAACAAAGACUUACUGGACUUGCUACAAUUUCUAUAGAAAAAGAACUUUCAGAACAACUAAAUUAUGAAGAUAUAAUAAAUGAUUUUGCAUCUAAAAAAGCUAGAAAAAUUAAAGAAUUAUAA